AUGAAGAACGGAACCGCUGAAGAACUGCAUCGCAUCCAGAACGCUGCCGUCACAGACGUCAACGCACAGGAAAGUAUAGGUCGUCCCAUUGAAUCUCACGGAAUGGACCUCCUAAACUACCUGAUCGUCGAACAAUUCGACGCACACACUCGGAUGGAAUGGGAGAAUUCCAUAUCCGACUCCAACAAGUCACCACAGCACGAAACACUUUUGGACUUCAUGACGCGACGGAUGUUCACACUUAACGCCGUGCAUCCGAAGACUCUCAAGAAGAACUUCGGAGAGUCUUCACGAACGGCGAAGACAUAUGUUGCGAAGCACGGAACUGACCUUCCACAAUGCGCACUGUGCCAUGAAAAUCACCAUCUGAUGACGUGUCGCAAAUUCAAGACGAAAUCCGUUGCAGAUCAAAAGGCCUUUGUUGAGACACACAGACUGUGUUUCAACUGCCUCGGAAAUCACUAUCUCACAAAAUGUCAGUCGAAGAAGAACUGCUACACAUGCAAGGCACGGCAUCACACUUCACUGCACGACGCAUACAUCACGGUCACCGCACAUACACCAGAAGCCACUUCACUCGCCGCACUGCACAAAGUCAAGGAACAGAAGGCUGUACUUCUCGCCACUGCUCGGGUGAACAUAGCCGAUCGCCAUGGAGCACCGCACGACGUCCGAGCACUAAUCGACCAGGGAUCAGAGGUGUCGAUCGUUUCUGAAGCACUGGUGCAACGAUUGAACCUGCCUCGAUCACGCACCGACAUGGCCAUCUUUGGGAUCGGAGGCGCACGACCAGGAUCAACGCGUGGCAAGGUCACGCUGCACCUCACUUCGGACAUCACGAACGCCCGGCUCUCCGUGAUAGCGUUUAUAUUACCACGCCUAUCACUUCUUCAAGGCUCCCCGUCCAGCACACUACAAGAUUGGCCGCAUAUUCGAGGACUCCAACUGGCGAAUCCUCAAUUUCACGAGAACGAUCCAGCCGAGCUACUCCUGGGAGCGGAGGUGUGCUCCUUAAUUCUUGAAGAGGGUCUACGCAAGGGUGGACCUCAGAUGCCAAUUGCGCAGAAGACAUCACUAGGAUGGAUACUUUCUGGAGGCUCCGACGUCGCAUCCGCAGAAGAGCACCGUCGCACAUUCCAGUGCACUGCCGAUCACGAGCUACUCGAGCUGGUGCAGCAGUUUUGGGAACAGGAACGGAAGCCCAACGCAGUCACGACACUCUCCGUCGAAGAGCAGCAAUGCGAGGAAUUCUUCGUGCACACGCACACUCGCACCUCUUCAGGACGAUAUGUGGUGAAGCUGGCGUUAUCCUCACCAAUCACUGCACUCUGCGAAACCCGUAAACCAGCUGAGCGGCUUCUUACAACGAUGGAAAGGCGAUGCGUCCAGGAUCGUCGAUUCGGCAAUCUGUAUCGCAACUUCAUGAAAGAAUACGAAGACCUAAAACAUAUGACGCUGGUGACAUGCUCCACAACUAGCAAUCAGUCAACGUACUUACCACAUCAUGGAGUACUCAAGGAGUCCAGUGCCACGACGAAGCUGAGAGUCGUGUUCAAUGGGUCGCAGCGAACGCGAACAGGAGACUCAUUAAAUGUACACCUCAUGACUGGAGCAAAUCUUCUGCCAGCUCUUCCUGACGUACUACUUCGAUGGCGUCAACACCAGUAUGUCUUCGUUGCUGAUAUAGAAAAAAUGUAUCGGCAGAUACUCGUGCAUCCGGAUGACUGCAAAUUCCAAACGAUCCUGUGGCGUCAUUCAACUGAUGAUGAAGUGCGAGAGUACCAGCUGAAAACGGUCACCUACGGUCUGGCGUGUGCUCCGUUUCUCGCCAUACGGACACUCCGUCAGCUCGCAACAGACGAAGAAGAGCAGUUUCCUCGUGGCGCCGUGGCUCUGCGUCGAGACUGUUACGUCGACGAUGUGGUCACCGGCUCAAAUACGCUGAACGAUGCGAUCGCACUCCAGACGGAAAUUCGCAACCUCUGCUUGGCGGGCGGAUUUCCGUUGAAGAAGUGGGCAGCCAACGACGAGAGGAUCCUGACUGGAGUACCAAGCGAUCAUCUUUUGCAGCAAUUGCCGCCAGCCUGGGAAGGAGAGAGCCACUCCACGCUAGGACUCCGCUGGCACCCGCAACACGACCAGUUCUCCUUCGUGUUUCAUCCGCACGCUGCCAUCAACCACACGAAGAGAACGGUUUUAUCCGAAACCGCACGGCUCUUCGAUCCAAUGGGGUGGCUCGCUCCAGUCGUGAUUCGAGCAAAAAUUCUCAUCCAAUCCACGUGGCUGCAAGGAUUGGACUGGGACACCCUGCUGCCGCCAUCCGAAGCUCGAGAGUGA